UGAAUAGACAGAUUUUCAGGACUAAAAUACGGUAGGAUUUAAGAAAAGUUCUGCUUCCGGUAACACCGGAAGCAAUUUGAAGAUGGCGUCUUCCUCCUUAAACGGACCGGCCGCUGCGGACGGGAGAAGUGAAUUUCGUAACAAGAAGCCGAAGCCGGAGAACCGAGAUGAAUCAGAACUCCUUACUGUUCCUGAUGGUUGGAAGGAACCGGCUUUUUCCAAAGAGGACAAUCCCAGAGGACUCUUGGAGGAGAGCAGUUUUGCAACUUUGUUCCCAAAAUAUAGGGAGGCUUACCUGAAAGAGUGCUGGCCAUUGGUACAGAAAGCCUUGAAUGAACAUCACAUUAAUGCAACCCUGGACCUGAUCGAGGGCAGUAUGACUGUGUGUACAACAAAGAAGACUUUUGAUCCAUAUAUCAUCAUUAGGGCCAGAGACCUAAUAAAACUUUUAGCAAGGAGUGUUUCAUUUGAACAGGCAGUACGAAUUCUUCAGGAUGAUGUUGCAUGUGACAUCAUUAAAAUAGGUUCUUUAGUAAGAAAUAAAGAAAGAUUUGUAAAAAGAAGACAGCGUCUCAUUGGUCCCAAAGGAUCUACAUUGAAGGCUCUGGAACUCUUAACAAACUGUUAUAUUAUGGUUCAGGGAAACACAGUUUCAGUCAUUGGACCUUUUAGUGGCUUAAAAGAGGUUCGAAAAGUAGUCCUAGAUACUAUGAAGAAUAUUCAUCCAAUUUAUAACAUUAAAACCUUAAUGAUUAAACGAGAGUUGGCAAAAGAUUCUGAAUUAAGAUCACAAAGUUGGGAAAGAUUUUUGCCACAGUUUAAGCACAAGAAUGUGAAUAAACGCAAGGAACCAAAGAAAAAAACUGUCAAGAAAGAGUACACACCAUUCCCACCACCACAGCCAGAAAGUCAGAUUGAUAAAGAAUUGGCUAGUGGUGAAUAUUUUCUGAAGGCAAGUCAAAAGAAGCGACAGAAAAUGGAAGCCAUAAAGGCUAAACAAGCAGAAGCUCUUAGUAAGAGACAAGAAGAAAGAAACAAAGCUUUUAUUCCACCUAAGGAAAAACCAGUUGUGAAACCAAAGGAAGCUUCUACUGAAAAUAAAAUUGAUGUGGCUGCCAUCAAGGAAAAGGUUAAGAAAGCCAAGAAUAAGAAACUGGGAGCUCUUUCAGCUGAAGAAGUUAAGCUUAAAAUGGAAGCAGAUGAAAAAAAAAAGAAGAAAAAAAAGUAACAUUUAAAAAAAAAAAACCCUGGAUGAGAACCCUUUUUAAGCUAUCUCCUUUCGUAAAGGAUUUUGAGGUAUGAGGGCAUUAGUAGCCUAUACGUGAGAAGGAAUACUCUGAUCACAUUUUUCUGAGUUUGUCAUUCUUCAAAACAGUGUUUAUAUAAACAGCUGUCCUUUAUAAAUAUAAAUUAUUGUAUUCUCUGUGUGUUUUUUGGAAAACUUUAUGCUAGAAAGUGCUAUGUAUGUCUUUGUAUAUAUUGCACCUAAUCUGUUUUGGCGUGUUUUGCCUAAGCAUGAUUUUAGAUGUAAUUUUUAGGUUGUUUAUAUAAAGAUUUUUGGAAUGUGGCUAUUGUAAUUAUCCAUCAAAUCCAGUGUUUGAUGCCACUGGUUAGUCUUUAAAUAUAAUCAUGUCCCACCAUUUGGUUUUGAGCAAAAUAAAUGCAGAUUUUGCAGUGCUCUCUCUGUUGCUAACGAG